CCUCGCUCGAGCCGCCGCCGCCGGAAUGGCGCUGCGCUCGCCGGAGCUGCGGUUCGCCGCCGCGGCGGGGCUCGGGGCGCUCUCCCGCCCCAGGCGCGUCGCCCCGUCCCAGCUCGCCGCGCUGGCCGCCGCCCCGCGCCGACGCAGGCGCCGCUCCCCGUCGCCGUCGCCCUCCCCCGCGCCCUCCUCGGACUCCAGCCCCUCCACCGCCCCCGCGGCGAACGAAGGUGGAGGUGGGGCGGAGGCGCCGGAGUGGAAGAAGGUGAGCGCGAAGAGGUUCGGGAUCAGGGAUUCCAUGAUCCCCGGCGAGGCCUGGAACGUCCUCCACCGCCUCCGCAGCAAAGGAUAUGAUGUCUACCUGGUUGGUGGUUGUGUUCGAGAUCUCAUAAUGAAGAAAACCCCAAAAGAUUUUGACAUAAUAACAACAGCUGAUCUUAGGCAGGUGAAAGACACUUUCUCAGGAUCAGCUGUCAUAGUAGGAAGGCGGUUUCCAAUAUGUCAUGUAUAUGAGAACAAUUCAAUCGUUGAGGUAUCAAGUUUUAACACUUAUGCACGAGGGUCGACUAGCAAUCAAAUCUACACAUCCAAGAGCCCCCAUUGUAGCAAAAAUGAUUAUAUGCGAUGGAAAAAUUGCCAAGGGAGGGACUUCACUAUAAAUGGGUUAAUGUUCAACCCAUAUGCAGAAAAGAUAUACGACUACUUCGGAGGUAUUGAGGAUAUUAAGAAAGCUAAGGUUCGUACCGUUAUUCCAGCUGGCACAUCAUUCCAGGAGGACUGUGCUCGUAUUCUACGUGCAAUCAGAAUUGCAGCUCGUUUAGGGUUCAACUUUCCAAAAGAAACAGCUUAUUAUGUGAGAACUCUUGCCUGCUCUGUGGCAAGACUUGAUAAGGGAAGAAUACUCAUGGAGGUUAAUUAUAUGCUUGCUUAUGGUUCAGCUGAAGCUUCUUUAAGGUUGCUGUGGAGAUUUGGUCUCCUUGAACACUUGCUGCCUUUUCAGGCAGCAUAUUUUUCUUCAAAUCGUUUUAAGAGGAAGGAUAAAGGAACUAACAUGCUACUGGUUUUAUUUUCAAAGUUGGAUAGUUUUCUUGCACCUAACAGGCCGUGCCAUAAUAGUUUGUGGAUAAGUAUUUUAGCACUUCAUGAAGCAUUGGUACGCAAACCUUGUGAUCCUUUAGUAGUAGCUACUUUCGCACUAGCUCUAUACCUUGGAGGUGACAUGUCAUUGGCACUAGAUAUUGGAAAAUCAAUCAACCGUCAACAUAAUGCUGAAUUUUCAGAGCUAUUAGAACCUAAAGUUUGGGAUGAUCAGCAUUUGUUAGCUGAGGUGCAAAGCCUGGCUGCCUCGAUGCGGCGAGCACUAACUGAAAUGACUGAUGAGUAUUUUGUUGCAAAUGCUAUGGCAAAAAUCCCUCAAGCACCAUCCUCAGACCUUGUAUUCAUCCCACUACAAGCCUACCUAAAGGUUCUCAAAUUAAUUGAGUGUGUCCAACAUGGAAAAAAGGAGCAUGGCUACGAACCAAAGAGCGAUGGGAAUAUCGAUUAUCAUGAUCUAUCUCAUGGUACACCUGCAGAAGUAAGAAACGUCUUUACGCUGGUCGUCUUCGACACAAUAUACCCCCCAAAGAUGGAGAGUCAGCACGAUGCCAGCUCUUGAAAAUAAAGCUUCGGGCAUGAUCAUGAAUAAUUCAGGGGCUUUUUCAGCCUACAGGCUACAGCUUUCUGGACCGAACAUCACAGGAUGGCCGCCUACUGAAGUUGCUUCCACGUCUUGAAGGCUUGAGCUGCUGUAUGAAAUCACGAUUGAACAACAGGUCGAAUUGAUGAUUUGAUGGAUAUGUUCCCAGUGUAGCAUCUCGUGUAGCAUGGUGGAUAUGUCAUCGGCUUAAUGGUACGGCAUCAGGCUAGCAACAGGACAGAGUUUCGGAUUUUUUUUUUCGUGGCAUAGUUUCUUCUAACGCUUGUUUCUGGCUCUAUAAUUUAAAGAAUAUUCCAUUUCCAUUUCUACAAGAAUAUAAUAAACGGCAAUUAGAUUGGAUUAUAUAAA